AUAUCUCCAGGGAUGAUGACCACCACCUCCCUGGGCAGCCUGUGCCAGUGCCCAGCUACUGUUUCAGAGAAGAAACUUUUCCUAAUAUCCAACCUUUAUCUCCCUUGGCACAACCUGAGGCGGUUGCCUUGUGUCCCAUCACUAGUUGACUGGGAGGUGAGGCUGAUCCUCACCUCACUGCAAUUCCUUUCAGGUCACUGUAGAGGGUAAUUAACUCUACCCUACACUUCUCCAGACUGAACCAUCCCAUUUCCCUCAGCUGCUCCCCAUCAGGCCUGUGCUCCAGACCUUUCACAGCUUUGUUGCCCUUCCUUGGACACAUUCUGGUGCCUCGGUGUCCUUGUAAUGAGGGGCCCAAAACUGAACACAGCACUCAAGGUGCAGCCUCUCCAGCACAGAGUACAGAGAUACAAUCAGCUGAUUGUAUUUCUGAUACAAACUGGGAUGCCAUUGGCCUUAGCCACCUGGGCACCCUGCUGGCUUGUUCAGCCAGCUGUUGACCAGCACCCCCAGAUUCUUUCCAGUUGCACAGCUUUCCAGCCACUCUACUUGAUGCCUGUAGCAUUGAAUUUUUCCUUCCUGCUUUUUUUUCUCUAAUUUUGAAUUCCUACAAAAAUAAUACGAUAAGGCAGGGAAUAUCUUUCAGAGAACCUCUUCCAGUGCUCUGAGUAAAACGGUACAGUUACGCUCCUAGCAUCCAGAAUGAAAGAAGCCUAUGGCCAAUUCUGGAUUUGAGAGUGCUGAAUGCUUUCAAUAUUUUAUUAGCUCUGUUUGGUAAUGCUGAAUAAUGUAAAAAUGGCUGCGUGCACAACAAUUUAUCUCUGUCACAAAAAGGACGGACAGUGUUGCACAGGCGCGGAAUUUUGCUGGUACAAAUCCUUGUCUUGCUGUUGGUGUUUGGCAGCUUGACUGAAAACACAAAAUCUGUGCUACACGUUUGCUGUUCAGAUAGAGAUAUACACAACAAAUCAUUAUCUUUAUUCAUCAGAUGCUUCAAAUUCUUGGAACUCAGUAAACAAAAGGAAGUUGGUAUGAACUCCCAUCACCCUUUCAAAGAGUUCUUUACAGGAAAGACAUCUUUUUCAGAAUACAGAUAACCCCUUCAAGCUUCAAACACAGUCUGUAACACUAAUGGAAGUUUCUCUCACAAGUACAUAUCAACCUGAACAUACAUAUCUCAAUAAUAAAACUUCUUUAUCGGAGUAUGUGGAUGUUGUCAUUUAACACCAGUAGGUAGGUAAGCACCAUCAUUCUGCUCUCACACUCCUCUUCCUCAGAAGGAUGGGGAGAAAAUGUGAAACAAUGUCAUGUGUUAAGGUAACGACAAGGACAUCAGUCACUAGUUACUGUCACUAGCAAAACAGACUAGAAGAGUGAGAACUGAAAGCCGACUGAAAACACCACCUCCCCUACCUCUGGUACUUCCCUGCCCUGUCAGUGGCACAGGAGAGCUGGGAAUGGGGCUGCAGUCAAUCUGUAAUGCUUUGUCUCUGCUGCUCCUCCAUGGUUUCUCUCUGCCCCUCCUCCACGUGGGAUCCCUCCAUCCUUCCCAAACUGAUCCUGUGUGGCCUUCCUGCAGGCUGCAGCUGUCCAAGCACGGCCCCGGCACAGCUCUGUACCACAGGGCCCACCCUUUAGGUACUGCCCCACAUGGGUCCCCAUCAGCAGCAGCUCCCCCAGCCCUCCUGCCCCACCAAAGGCUUCUGCCCAUGGGCUACAGCUUCAUCCAGGGGCUGCUUCUGCUGGGGCUCCCCAUGUGCUGUGGCUCCUCCAGGCCUCAUCCACUGCUGCACCGUGGGCUCCUCCGUGGCUGCAUGUGGAGGUCUGUUCUGUGUGGAACCUGUAGGCUGCAAGAGGAUGCCCGGCUCCUCCAUGGGCCUCUCCUGUGCUGCAGGGAGCUUCUGCUCCAUGCCUGGAGCACAUUCUGUCCUCCUCCUGCGCUGACCUUGAUGGCUGCAGGGCUGCUUCUCUCACAUUUUCUCACUCCUCUCUCCCAGCUGCUGUGAUGCAGCAGUUUUUUCCUUAUAUCUGCGUAGCUCUUGGCUCAGCUCUGGCGUCUGUGGGACCCUUUUGGAGCAUCUGGAGUUGGCUCUGAUCUGAAACGGAGCAGCUGCUGGGCGCUGCUUACAGAGCCCAUCCCUGCUACAGCAGAGAGAGAUGCUUGUAAGUCCAUGGAGCACAUUAGCCAUGAAAGCACAGUUCUUGCACAGUGUUACAGCUUCCCUGGACUUCUGCUGAGCCUUGGAAUCAUCAGAAAACUCAGUAUAAACAGUGAUCUGACCAUUCAGUUUGAGCAAAUCGGUUAUGGCUUUGGGGUCUGAUAAACUUUCCUGUUAACAUUCAGAUCCAUUUUUCUCUCCAGGAGACAAUGUUUCAGGAGAGAUUCAGCGGUCCUGUAUUUCUCAAGCCAAAUGUUAGCAGGCGAACAGUACCUAAGCUGUGCUACAGAAGUGCAUAAUAUACUGAUGUGUACUAGAAAGGGCCUGGGGAAUGUAGCAGAUGACCUCAAAUUCUUUGCCAAGUGAAGGAUUUUCUAUUUGUCCUUGAUGAUAUCAUGUAUAUAAAUUUAAAUAAUUUCUGCACUUUGGAUUUUUUGUCCUUGUGAAAUUCCAGACUCAAGUUUAUGGAAGAACUCCAGUGUUUGGCUUUUGUUUGGGAGUCUGCCCUGGAAUUGCUUCAGCAAACUUUCUGGAAGUAGAUGAAGGAGGCAAUCAUUAUUGAAAAGUAAGAAGUGAGGUUCAUCCAUAAGAUUCCAAAAUAAGUGUGUCUAAACUCCAAGGCUCACCUUACAACAGUUUAUAGAACUGUGGGAAUGCAUGGGAGACUUCAGAUGGCCUAAGUGGACGUAAAUUGUGUGGCUGUGGAAAGGGGUCAUCCUACAGUUCCAAGCCACCACUGGUGCAGCAGUAGCGUUUUUAUGGAAAUUCUGGUGAUUAACAGUCAUGGCAACCAUAGAGGAACUGGCCCAUCAAAUUAUUGAGCAGCAAAUGGGAGAGAUUACCCAUUCCCAAGGAGCUGUUACACAGACACUAAUGGAUGGGGCAGCACAACGAAUACAGAUCGUCCCUUCAGAUUCAGGCCUCUCUUUACCACAGCGUAUACAGAUUGUCACAGAUCAGCAGACGGGCCAGAAGAUUCAGAUUGUUACAGCACUUGAUCAGAACUCAGCAGGCAAGCAGUUCAUCCUAACAAAUCAUGAUGGCUCUACCCCAAGCAAGGUGAUCCUUGCCAGACAAGAUUCCACUCCAGGAAAAGUUAUCCUAGCAACUCCAGAUGCUGCAGGUGUCAACCAACUGUUUUUUGCAUCCCCUGAUAUAUCUGCACAACACAUCCAGAUUUUAACAGACAACUCUCCCAAUGAGCAGGCCCUAAAUAAAGUGUUUGAUCUGUGUGUUGUGUGUGGAGACAAGGCAUCAGGACGUCACUAUGGAGCAGUAACUUGUGAGGGUUGCAAAGGAUUCUUUAAAAGGAGCAUACGGAAGAAUUUGGUGUAUUCGUGCCGAGGAACAAAGGACUGUGUCAUUAACAAACACCACCGGAAUCGCUGCCAGUACUGCCGGCUGCAGCGAUGCAUCGCCUUCGGAAUGAAACAAGACUCUGUGCAGUGUGAGAGGAAACCUAUCGAAGUGUCAAGAGAAAAGUCUUCAAACUGUGCAGCUUCUACAGAAAAGAUCUACAUUCGGAAAGAUCUUCGCAGCCCAUUGGCUGCAACUCCAACUUUUGUAACAGACAAUGAAACAGCAAGGUCAACAGGUCUGUUGGAAUCAGGAAUGUUCGUUAACAUUCAGUCUGGCAUUAAAAGCGAGCCUACAGUGCUGAUGACUCCAGAUAAGGUUGAAGCCUGUCAGGGAGACUUAAGUACCCUGGCAAAUGUGGUGACAUCUUUAGCAAACCUCAGUAAAUCCAAAGAUCUGUCACAAAGCAGUACAGAGCUGUCUAUGAUUGAGAGUUUAAGUAAUGGAGAUGGAUCGUUACCUGAACUUCAGCAAGAAGAACAAGGAAGUAGUGAUGUUACAAGGGCAUUUGAUACUCUUGCAAAAGCAUUAAAUCCUGGAGAGAGUGCAGCGUGCCAGAACUCUGAAAGUGUUGAGGCCAACGUGCAGCUUGGAGGUGGAGAAACAAGCAUGAAUAUCGUUGAAAUAGAGGGGCCGCUACUCAGUGAUGCACAUGUAGCAUUCAGGCUCACCAUGCCUUCUCCUAUGCCCGAAUAUCUUAACGUUCACUAUAUCUGUGAGACUGCCUCCAGGUUGCUUUUCCUGUCCAUGCACUGGGCACGUUCCAUUCCAUCUUUCCAAGCUUUAGGACAGGAUAACAGCAUAUCAUUAGUAAAAGCCUGCUGGAACGAACUUUUUACGCUUGGUCUUGCACAGUGCUCUCAGGUCAUGAAUGUGGCGACUAUAUUGGCUGCGUUUGUUAAUCACCUUCACGACAGCUUACAGCAAGACAAGCUGCCAACAGACAGAGGAAAACUAGUAAUGGAGCACAUCUUCAAACUGCAAGAGUUCUGUAACAGUAUGGUGAAGCUUUGCCUAGAUGGAUAUGAAUAUGCAUAUUUGAAAGCAAUUGUACUCUUCAGUCCUGAUCACCCAGGGCUGGAAAAUGUGGUACAGAUUGAGAAAUUUCAAGAAAAGGCAUACAUGGAGUUCCAAGACUAUGUAACAAAAGCAUAUCCAGAUGAUACUUACAGACUGUCUCGACUUCUUCUCCGAUUGCCUGCCCUGAGGCUGAUGAGUGCUGCCAUUACUGAAGAGCUGUUCUUUGCAGGACUAAUAGGAAACGUUCAGAUUGACAGCAUCAUCCCGUACAUUCUGCGAAUGGAGACGGCAGACUACAACACUCAAAUAAUCGGUCAUGCCGUAUAAAAGUAGCAAUCAAGGAUUGUGUACCAUGGCAGUCAUGGUGAUGUAAAUGCAUACUCUGUCUCCAAGAGAUGGCAAUAGGCCUUCCCACGCACCUUUCUAAAGAAGACUCGUGUUCCUCCUUUCCAGUACACUUGGGAAAUGCGGUGGAGUGUCUUAAGGAAUAUAGGAUCGCUUCCUAUUUUUCAUCUGAUCUUCAAGGACUUGUAAAUUCACUUGAUAUCUGAGGAAAGCCAAGAAUUGUUCAUCCUAUUUUUGUAGAUAGAUGAACUUGGAAUAUUUGUUUAUGAAAUGCAGGCUUGCGAAGAAACGGAAGAAGCUUUGACUGAACUAAGGUAUCUCAACUUAGUUUGGUGUUUUAGACAAAUAAAUUAAGUUUCCUCUCUGAGUUGUGUUUUCAGUGUUUUGCUGCUAGUUCUUUCUCACUGAUUAAAUGGAAAAUAAGACCAAACGUCUUGAAAAGGGCAUUGUUUCUAUGGAAGGGAGACAUUUAUAACCAAACUUUUAUUUUCUAUUCUUUUGGAAAGAGAUUAUUUCAGGUUGAAGGAAGCAGUGGAUAUUGUUAUAAGAGCAGGGAAGGUAGAGGAAUUUCACACUUAAAAAUAUUCUGCUUACAUGUUGGUGCAGUUGAUUAAAAGUAAAGCUGCAAAGGAUCAGUAUUGACUGUUCUGUGGAUGCAAGGGUAUACUAUGCUGUAAUAUUGUGUGUUGGUAGAUAUCAGCUGUUUGAUACUAUGAAAAAUUGAGAACUGUGUACUGCAGGUGUUCAAAGAGAGCAGCCUCCUAUUUUUUCUGCUCUCAAAAGUUAAAGGUUUUUCACAGUACUCUUUCCUCUUUCAAACUCAGCACACGGGGAGGGAGGCAUUUGAGAUGUGUCUCAGUUUUCUUUCAACCACUUCUAUAAGUAACGAAUCUUGUUUAGAAUUCUGUGCAUGUGUUCAUAUCAUUUCUCUUGCAUAGGACUUUGGUUUGGUUUGGUUUUUUUUUUUAAUUAUUGUUAUCCUCUGGCUAUUUAGCUGUCUUUUCCAGUCAGCCAGUCUCAUGUGAUUAUUUUUUAAAUUAGAAAUUAUUGAGUCCAGUACUUUUGUUUAUACAAGAUUGGUCUCUGCUGCUUUGCCUGUCCUUGUUAGAAAUGAGUCUAGAUUAUGUAUGUAGACUGAAUUACACAUCAUGGCUCCAUAAAAGAUGGGUUCACCUGCUUUCCUGUCUUGAGGAAUGUGCCUCAUUGUCAAAUAACACUGAUGGUUGUUCAUUCCUAGCUUCCUUUUGCAAUGGGAAACUAUAUAUUCCUAGCACAUUUAAUAUCUGUUGCUUAAAAUUAGAGAUUCUAGGAAAAGUUAUGGUCUGCUGCUGACAGCAGCUUGCAGGUUUAUCUAAAUCUUGGAUUGAGGCCUAGUUCCAUUUAUCCUGAACUUUUUAGUUCUGUGGCAGCACUGAGUGAGGAAGAGCCCAAUUAGCCAGAAUUAGCCAGAAGAUCAGCUUUGAGGGAGGCCUUUGCCCUUUUGUACCUGCAACUCCAAGGCCAUGCCUCAAGGCCAUUGAGAGGACAGGUAGAUGAGAUUUUGGUGAUUUCUGUGUUUUUUCUCAGCACCCAAGGAUUUCAGCCAGCCAAAAAGAAGCAGAAAACUGACACUGAAUUAUUGUGUCCUUUUUAGUUCUACUAAUAGAGUUGUUUGGAUCUUUCACUGACCACCUUCUAACCAGAGGCUGUACUACAGGAUUGCUCAUACACGGAUCCAGAGAUGGAAAUGCUUGGUGCUGAGGACCUCUGAUGGGAUGGAACCAUUCUCCCCUGCUCUGAAUUUGGCAUGUAGCGACUUUCUGGAGAACAGCCUUUAAAGAUGCUGGAGCUUCCCACGUGACUGAGCCCUUCCCACAGUCCAUGUGUCUAAAGGAGAAGGAUUGAGGCUCUGUAUUCGUGUUCCCUGGAGUUCAUGAAGUGUGAGGACUUUUUUCCUGUCUCAAGAGGGCAGUAGUGAUGGAAAUGUGAAAGACAACGGCUGCGAAUAUGCUGUGCUUGUCUCCUCCCAGUGGUUAUUGGCCCUGCCAUCUUGUCGUCUGUAGGACCAAAUUGUGGAUGGGAAGUGAAUUGUUCUAUUGGUGUUUCCUCAGAAAGUUGGACCCUGUCUUCCAGCCCUUCUCUGUUGCUAGCAGGAACAGUUAUAGUUGUUUGAAACCUUUCAAGGAAGUUGCCAGGAGGUUACUCCUGAAUAAUUUGUAAGUGGUUUACCAGGCAUUCCAAAUAUUAGAAGAAUUUGAUUCCCAAUAUUCUCCAAAUUCAGAUAACCCAUUUUCCUUCUAAAUGCAGUAGAGACUGCAAAUCUCUCCCACAUCCUUGCAGAUUUAUAUUUUUUUAGCCUUUGGGACCUGUGCCUCAGGCAUGACAAGCAGUUCUUUGUUUGCAGCUUACCAGAAGAUUCAGCAAACGUGGUCUUUGCAUGGUAUUGUUUCUCAGAAACAGCUGAGAAAAUACCAGUGUUUGUAGAGAGGUACAUCUUUAGGGAUUGAAUCCUUCAGCAUAUCUGUCUUUGAGAGCCGUGUUUUGAAGGAUGUGGCCAUAGAAAUUUGCUCUGAAAUUCUUGUUCCCCCUUCACACCGUAGUCUGAAUACAAGUUGGCCUACUUCAGGGAAGUGUGAACUGCUGUCACUGCUGACUGCUGGAUCAGGACACCUUUGUUAGGCUGCGUUAACUCAGAAGCACAAGAACCACGGUGACAUUCUUCUUGGAUGCCUGUCACCUCUGCAUGGCAGCAGAAGUUUCAAAUCUCAGUGGCCGACAUUUCCCCUUCCCACAUCUCUUUCUGUUACUCUCCUGGCAAAAUCUUCUGAGCUUCAUCUGAGAUUUUUGCUAGAUCACUUAAGAAUUCAACCCAUCCAUGUUUUUCUUUUUAAAUCCAGUGUUUCCAGAUGUGAGACUACACAUUCUGUGUUGGGUAGCAAGAGACAUGUGUCACACCCUUUCACGUGACAAAAACUUGCAGAUAUCAUAGAAUCUAGUUUUCUCAGGUGAGAAGUCAAACAGGACGCUCCAAGCUCAGUUACAGACUCUAUUCCUUCUUUUGAUAGCAGUAUAGUUGAGUCACCACCAGUAAUCAGGAUGUACUCUAGUGGUUCCCAGGCUGCGUUUGGGGCUUUGCUCAAUAUCUGUAUAGUAUUGUUACAAAAUGGAAAGCUAGUUCAAGAGAUCUUCAAAUUGCCAAGAAGUGGCAUACAGUUUUUAUGUAUUGUGUGGCUAUGCGCAUACUCAUCCAAAAAGAAAAGGUAUUUAUCUCAAAAGAUUCCAGUAACUUCUGCUGUCCAUCUGUGCGAUAACCACAUGCCCUCCCUUCCCCUUGCUGUUGGUGGCUAACCAAAUGUAAGCUCCAUACUGACUGUCAGGUGAAACAAAAGAGGGAGACAGAUGCAUGUACACCUGAGGUAUUGUAAGGGCCUCCCCAAAAAACCAUAAUAAUGGAUACCUCCAAUGUUUGGACUUCUAUAGAGUGAAUGUGCAGAUAUGCAACACACUGCAAAAAGUGCUGCCUACUGGUAAGUAACCUUUUUCCCAAUGUUUGUUGCGUUUUUUCUUCAUAAAUGUUCAGUGUAAGUUCAGUACCAGGUUAAAGGCAGAGUGCGUGCUGAUCUGUGCUGCCUGGCGAGUAUUCUCUCCUGUCUUCUUGAUGAUCAAGAAGGUGGAUCCCAUAGUGCAGGUGGCUGCAUUUGUAUUAUUCACUUUUCUUACCAAGACUCUUCAUUUAUCAUUUUGGGUUCUUUAACUGUGAGUUCAUGCUCUUGAUGAGGAGCGAGGCACCACUGGGCUUUCUCAGGAAUGGGCUGCCCUUCCUGCUGUUCAGUCACACUGUUGUUCAGCAAUACAAAUGCGAGCAGUAAGGCUCACUUCACUGUAGAUGUUAAAGUACCUCAUUAUUUUUGUGACCUUUAUGUUUUAUGUUUUUAAACCUUCUUCUGAUCUUCAGCAUUCUGAAAUUUUCCAUACCUCGUCAGAAUACAACUAAACUGCAACACUUACUACUAAUAAUUUGCUUUGCCAAUGAAUGAACAAGCUCUGUUAUGACAGCUUUAAAAUGUUCAAUGCUGUGAAAAUUCAUUUCUGUAUCAAUCACAUGAAUGGAAGAAAUGAUACAUUUAGAAUCCUGUCCCUUCAGAUGGGAGCAGUGAUACACAGAACAAAUGGACUAGUUUGGCAGUGUAUGUUGUGCAUAUAUAUAUGAGCUUAGGGGGCUUGUUUCAUACUGGUAGAGUUCCUGAUACAAACAAUUGUUCUACUUUAAACUUGCUUCAAAAGCACUUUCACUGCAGUACCUUCUGCACUUAUAACCUGUUGGUACCUCUCUUCUGUGACCAUUGGCUUCAGUGAAAGUCAGAGCUCUGUUACUCUGUUCAGCAGCUGUGGUUUCCCAGCACAGGCAUUAGAAUAUCGCUGUACCUGUUCUGCUGUGGUAUAAAAAAAUUCAUUGUAAAUGUCUUGAAACCUGAAUUUGUAAAGGUCUAUUUUGGCUGUAUUUUUAAAAAUAAAUUGUAACUUCCUAUUAGAGAAAGCAAUAGUAAUCACCUGUCUGUUAGUGUUCUACACAGGUUGUCUUACAGCCUGAAGCAGUGUAUAUGAUUCCAAAGAGUCUGGAUAUUUCACUUUACUGUACAAUGGUGUGUUGUCAAUAGAUUUGUUCUCUGGGAUUUGUGACCACUGCAGUAUCUUGCUGUUCUCUACCCCUGUUGCUGUGAACUCUUUGUUUUUGUGCUUACUGCUCCUUUCUGCCCUGGGAAUUUGGCUAUUUGAAAAUGAAUGAUUUGUUAUAGAAUGGAAUUUAACAACAUUUUUUUUCUUUUAAAGCACUACAUAUAGACGUUGAUAUAAUGAAUUCUGAUCACAGAUCUUCAUGCCAAGUAAAGCAAUAGUUAUUUUUGGAGAAGUUUAUUCAAUUCAUUAUGGAUUGUGAAAUGAUGACAAGUUUGGGUCCUUUCUAGAACUGAUUUCCCAGUGCCAAAUGAAGAGCUGUCUGGUUUUUUUUUAGUCUUCAGUUACAAGUGAUUGUGAUGUUUGCGUGAAUAUGCAGAUAGCAAGAACAAAUGAGAAAUGAGCUACCAUCUCUCCGUGCCUAGAUUCUGAAAUGCAUUCAUCCUGAAGUAAAUGAAGUACUGUGGAGUAAGUAGGUGAUGCACUGUAGAGGAAAGCUUUGUAUGCUGAGAGAGAAAGUGUGGGUAAUGCUGAUGAAGGAAUAAGCAGUCAGACUCCUCCUCCGUUAGCAGGUACUCCAGUUGCUUUGUUGCUUCUGUUUUAAAAGCUUACCCUUCCCUGCACUUCCACAGAACCCUGUUCUCUGGUCAGACUGCUAAUCUACUACCUGCUCCUUCCUAUACCAGUCAUAUUUCACAGCCUUUUGGUCACCUCUGAGGGAAGAAAGGAAGAGCUCUCUAGAAAGAAGUGCUCUUCUGGUAAAUAACAAAAGUCUAGAAAGUCUCCAACAGAGUUACUCAGCAGCAUCUUCAACCAACAUCUCUAACAGUCCUGUCUUUCCUCCUCAUACUUCUGUAUAAAGUAACCCCAAAUAACGAUUCUGCUUCAUCAUGUGAGCCCUUCUCUCCUGAGCUCUGCUUUUCCUUUAUGUGCACAAAGUCACAUUAACCCAUGCCUGUAAGCAGCCCUGUUCAGCCACUUCAGUCUUCCUUUUACCCUCAGCUCUGCAGUGUGAAAUACUAUCUUCACCCUGCUGCUGCUAAUAUGUGACACAAUUUUCUGCUACAUUAAUCUUUUAUCAGAACUCCAGUUGUGCGUUUUGGCUCCAAUGUAGGAACCAAAUAUAUCCUGAGUCAUGGCACUGGAGCUGACCUCCGUUCGAAGCAGUCACUCCUGGACACAUGGUGUUUUUGUGGCUGCUGAUGCUGAACACAUACAUAAGCUCCACUAUGGAGACCUCAACCCUGCUUUACCUUUGGGUCUUACCAGAGAGCGAGCUGAAGGGCUACAUACUUUGGUUUAUGAUAGCUCUCAUGAAAGUUUUUCUUUCACACUGUAGCCAGUGGAAUUUAGCUGUUGGGAAAUGAAAUGUAGAGGCAGCUGCUGCGUGAGAUGGCCCAGGCACUUCUCAAGAAGCGGCAUGAGUCUUCUAAAAGUGCCACCACAGUUGGUUUUGAGUGUUUUAGUAUUGUCACAGAAGCAUAUACACACUAGAAUGUUGGUGGGGUUUUUGGAAAAUUACAGAAUACCUCCGUUCUUCAGUAAGAUCGCACCUGGAGCCUUGGUUCCACACCACAAAUCAAUCUCUUAAAGCAGCAGAAGACAAGUGAAAAACUUUUUGAUCGUGCUUUUGGGAAACGUGGGUUAUAGGAGGGCUACAAAUCCCAGAGGGAAAGCAUUAGAGAUUGCACUGUGCAGACCAGAGUGAGAGAAACUACGCUUAGAGGCUGGGCCCACAAAAUGUAAAGAAUGGUGAUGUGAAUUUGACAUUGCUUCUGAGACUCAGAAAUUUUAGAAGGAUGGGGCAGAUUUUCAAAAUCUACAUAGCUGGGUCUGUUGUGUGUUGGGUUUAUUAUUUUAAUUGCAAGAGGAAUUCCAAUUAAUUAUGCAAAUGUAUAUUCCUUAGUUGUGAAAUCAUUGCAGCGUAAACUUACAUGACUUCUCAUACAAAGAACAGAAGGAAUUGCAGUGGAAUAGAUAAACAAUUAAAAUAUAUAUAUUGUAAGGUAAAAUGUAAAUAUUGAAUUGCUCUGUGGGUUGGUUUUUUACACUUUCUGUGAAAUACUUGAACUUAGGUUUCUCAAAAUCAAUUUAUCACUGAAUAAAGCUCUUAAAUAAAACAUAGGAUUCAAUGAGACUCUUCUUUGCAAUCUUUGAGUCAUUCAGGAAAUGGAUUUACCUUCAAAAAAAAAUGUGUUCUUGUGUACUACGCUGUGAUUCUGUAUUAGAAAAGAAAGAGCUAACUGAUAUGUUCAGGGCUUGUGUAGAAUGGCAUUCUGUCACUAAGUCUGUGUGACUUGUUGGAACCACAGGGGGAAAAAAAAACGAGCAUUAAAUUUGGUGAGGCAGUUUUUAAGACAGUGAGGUUCAACACACAAAACUAGGGGCACAGCAUAUCUAACAGAGAUUUAGCAUCAAAUCUUAGAAACUGGGAAUAAAGAAUUAUUUAUGGGACCAUGAGUUUUACAGUCAAGUGAAUGCUAUCCUCCAAAGGUACCCCAAUAAAUUCUUAGGAAAGCAUUACGCUUGUGCUUGUAUUCCACAUUAUUCAAUCAUGGUAUCUGCAUGGAGUUUGAAGAUAACAUUGAACAGAGCAGUAAGACAGAGAUUUCAUGAGUGGUAACCAGAUGUUAGCAAAAGCAUUGUAAGUAAGUGCAAUAGGAUUUGAGCACUGGGACUAAUGGCAAUGAAAUUCUUUGUGGAGACUUACUUGGCUUGAGGAAGAAUCAAAAUGCAAUGUAAAGAUGCUGUUAAGAAGUUCCUGCUUCUACAAAUGUUGUUCCAUAAAAGCUUCAAUAAGCUGUAGGAUUAAGGUUGCAUUAUGACACUAAUCACAGAAUCACAGAAUUGUAGGGACUGGAAGUGACCUCCAGAGAUCAUUGAGUGCAGUCCCCCUGCAAAGCAGGCUCCCUACAGCAGGCUGCACAGGUAGGCGUCCAGGUGCGUCUUGAACAUCUCCAGAGAAGGAGAGUCCAUAGCCUCCCUUGGCAGCCUGUUCCAGUGCUCUGUCACCCUUACUCUGAAGAAGUUCCUUUGCAUAUUGGUGCAGAACUUCCUAUGCUCCAGUUUAUGGCUGUUUUCCUUUGUCCUUUUCCCACAAACCACUGACAAGAGGUUGGCCAUGUCUCUUUGACUCCCACACUCAGUAGGAUAUUUAUAAACAUUAAUCAGAUCACCUCUCAGUCUUCUUUUCUCGAGGCUGAACAGGUUCGCUCAGCCUUUCCUCACAGGGGAAAUGCUCCUGGCCCUUUAACAUCUCUGUGGUCCUCUGCUGGACUCUCUCCAGGAGAUCGCUGUCUUUUUUGCAUCGGGGAGCCCAGAACUGGACACAGUACUGCAGGUGAGGCCUGAAAUCCCUUCUCCCAGCUUGGAGUUUCAAAGUGCCAUCCUCCAGAGCCGUCUCAGUGUAACCACAAGGACACACGGUGCCACGUGGAUCCAUGAAGUGACCCAGCUCAUCCAUUGUAACCCUCGGGGAAAAAGAUACAAACAAACCUCUCAGACCGCUGCCAGCAGAGAAAACGUUCUCAGAAUUAAAUUCUUAGUCAGUGAAGAUGACCAGGUUCACCAGUUUCGUGAAUAUCCUUAGAAACUGGUUUGGGAGUUGCAGCUGCUUAGUGAUCCAAAAGUUGGCUGGCCUCUUUUUAAAAACUUCUUUUUCACAGAUCUUUCUUCUUGCCGCAAAACAACGGUUUGUGAAGUUAAAGAACAAGCGAACGAGCAC